AACCAGACUUGCCCAGCAACCCUCUAGGCUUACGGACAUUGUUCUCCUCUUGGUCUACAUGAUUUCUUCUCUUUUCUCAGAGCAAGCUGGCCAUCCUUGACAGAGCUAAGUAGAAAAAGGGUUACAUUCCUGAGAAAAUGGAUUCUAAAGCUGAAUCUAAGUGGGAAGAAGGAAAUGGAUAGUGUGGACAGUAGUUUUCUGGCUCUUUUUCUCAUGACUAUUCCUUAGGGAAAAAAAAAAAAAACCCCUCCCUUAGUUGUCCUACAUAUUUACACCAUAAAAUAGAGCUGUUGAGAAAUGGGGAGCAAGAGGGGCUGUAGCUCUGGAGAAGAACAGAAAACAUAAAUGAAGCAAUAGGACACAGAGUGAGACUUGAAAUGGGAAGGUGUGGAAUAUCAAUAGGUUUGGGAAUGAUUCUCAGCCCCACACAAAAAGAGGUCACACAUUUUGCUAAAUUAUUGAACAGAAAUGCAGGAGGGUCCGUAAAAAAAAAGUCAUUCUUGUUCUUUUUCUCUGAUAUUACUCCCAACAGGUUACAGGUUUUUAAAUUUAGCACCCUUGGAAAAGUCCCACAGUCCUCUCCCUUUUCUCAUUAACAACGGCUGCUGUUUGCACCAGUUUUUUGCUGUUUUCGGCGGGGCUAAAAGUUGGGGUGGGGGAAGCUCUGUGUGUGGGGUGGAGUGUGUGUUGUUUUGAAAGGAGGACGAGCUAUGUAUGUGGGUGUAAGCAGGGUAGCCUGGAAAGGUAAAAGCAAGUAUCACAGGAAUUGAAUUUAAACUCUAAAUCCUAUUUGAUGUUCACAAGAUAUGAGCCCUAUUGCAUUAUCCCCAUUUUAGAAAUAAAGGAACUAAUAUUAUAAAAGGUUCUGUGAUAUGCUCACUUGGCUAUACAAAGACAAAAUUUGGGUUUGAAUGCACUUUUGUCAAACUCCUCAAAAGCAUUCUAUACACUGGAUUGGGUUGAAGAAAAUCUUACCCUUCAAGUUUUCCAUUCAGUUUCGUUCCCUGAAAAGCUGGUGAAUGAUUUUCUCCACCUUAUUUUGCUUUUAACCCUAUGGGUGUACUCAACUAUAACGUCAUUCAAGAGUAAGCACUUGUUAAAUAAAAGCAGGGAAAUUCUCUCCAUUUUACAGAUAAGUGGGGUCAUGUAACCACGCCAGAGUCACACAAAUUACCCCUAGAAAAUGGACGAUUGGGCCUUCUUCCUCCUCUUCGUAGUCAAUAGACGGGGGAUGUUUUGCCUGUAGUGCAAGGGUGAUAUGGAAAACCAUUUUUUAUGUGCCCAAAAGUGAUAUAUUGGCAAAGCACAGAACUGGGAUUUAGAAAGUUGUAUUAAUUUCUAUUUUGUAUGACCUUGCAGACGUUACUGCUCUUGAUAAAAUUUGAAAAAAAAGUUGAAUUAUAAGCUCUCUAAAUUCCACCUUUUCUCAAAGGCUUUGCUUCUCAUCAUAAUUCAAGAGGUAAAACGAUUAAAAAAAGCAGAGAUCACCUAUUGUAAUAAAUUUGCUGGUGGUGGGCCCUGUCAGUACAAAUAACCAUAGACUAGUGCUUGCAUCAUGGAAGGAACUGACUUUGUCUGUGCCCACAGCCAGUCAUGACCACCAUAAUUCUGGAAGUAGAAAAUCGUACAGUGACAACACAUUUCGUUCUUCUGGGGUUUCCAACACGACCAGUCUUCCAGCUUCUUCUUUUCUUCGUUUUCCUGGCAACCUACGUGCUGACACUGCUGGAGAAUCUCCUUAUCAUCUUAGCUAUCCACAGUGAUGGGCAGCUGCAUAAGCCCAUGUACUUCUUCCUGAGCCACCUCUCCUUCCUGGAAAUGUGGUAUGUCACGGUCAUCAGCCCCAAGAUGCUUGUUGACUUCCUCAGCCAUGACAAAAGUAUUUCCUUCAAUGGCUGCAUGACUCAACUGUACUUUUUUGUGACCUUUGUCUGCACUGAGUACAUCCUUCUUGCUGUCAUGGCCUUUGACCGCUACGUUGCCAUUUGCAAUCCACUACGCUACCCAGUCAUCAUGACCAACCAGCUCUGUGGCACACUGGCUGGAGGAUGCUGGUUCUGUGGACUCAUGACUGCCAUGAUUAAGAUGGUUUUUAUAGCGCAACUUUACUACUGUGGCACCCCUCAGAUCAAUCACUACUUUUGUGAUAUCUCUCCACUCCUCAACAUCUCCUGUGAGGACUCCGCACGGGCUGAGCUGGUGGACUUCUCCUUGGCCCUCAUGGUCAUUGCUAUUCCUCUUUGUGUUGUGGUGGCAUCCUAUGCUGCUAUCCUUGCCACCAUCCUCAGGAUCCCUUCUGCUCAGGGCCGCCAAAAGGCAUUCUCCACCUGUGCCUCCCACCUGACCAUUGUAAUUCUCUUCUAUUCCACAACGCUUUUCACCUAUGCCCGUCCCAAACUCAUGUAUGCCUACAAUUCCAACAAAGUGGUAUCUGUUCUCUACACUGUCAUUGUUCCACUCCUCAACCCCAUUAUUUACUGUCUAAGGAACCGGGAAGUAAAGGCAGCCCUCAGAAAGACCGUAUGUUGCAGAGGAAGUGGGCCUCAGGAAAAUGGGGCUUUCAGUAGUUGAAAAAUGCAUAGAUUUCUUUCAGGCUUGAACUGAGAGAUGACCACUACACACUUUCCCCUCAGUCUUGUCUUUGGUUGUCCUUCAAUCUCCAGCACUGUAACAUUGCUCGUGUGUGUGUGUGUGUGUGUGUGUGUGUGUGUGUGUACACACACAAUCAUGACUAGAGAAACAUGUUCUCAAGAAGUAACCUCUGCUGUCAGAUUGAAAGACAAGUUUUUAAAUUUUAGAAAAGCUACUUGAAAUCAGGAAGAAAGAGAGAGAGAGAGAGAGGGUGGUAAAGGGAGACAGGAAAGGAGGAAGAUGAAUACUUUUUCCAUGCAGCUUAUCAAAAUAAAUGCUAGAUAGAUAGGACAAACAAAUAUAAAGAAAAAUUCAUCUCUCAGGUGGUUAGAAAAGAGUUUUUUGACUCCCUACAUUGUAGAAUUAAAAGAAAAAGAUAAACAUAAAUUAAUGCCUAUUAGGCACCGUGGCACAUACCUGUAGUCCCAGCUACACAAGAGACUAAGUCAGAAGGAUCCCUUGAGUCCAGGAGCCUGGGCCCAGCCUGGUCAACAUAGACAGACCCCAUCUACUUCCCUCCAAAUAACAUAAAUGACUAAUUUGUUAAGGCUUUUAAAAAUGAAAGAUUAAGCUUAUACCAAAUAACAAAGUGAAAACUAUUACUAAUUUUUAAUAUUAAUAAAAACCUAUACUAACAUUAAAUACUAAAAAAAACUUUAAAAUAAACAUAUAAAAGUUAAACUCUCAGUGGAAAAACAAAUUAAGAAUAUAAACAUAAUUUUAAAAGUAGGCAGUUGUUCUGGGCAAAAUUAUGUCCCACUCCUCCCUGCCUCCAAAAGAAGUAUGUUGUCCUAAUCCCAAGUCUCUCAGAAUGUGAACUUAUUUGGAAGGAGGAUUCUUAUGGAGGUAAUUGAGCUAAAAUUUGGCUGUUAGGGUGAGACCUAAGACAGUAUGAUUGGUGUCAUUAUAAAAAGGAAAAGUUUGGACACAGACACACGCAGAGGAAAGACAGUGUGCACACACACAGGGCAGAAAGCAACCAUGUUGCUGCAGUGAUGCAUCUAUAAGCCAAGGAAGAAGUAUUGUUGGUGAACACUGGAAGCUAGAAGAAGCAAGGAAGGAUGUUACCCUAGAACUGUA